CAGAUCAAUGUGACCAGGCAAACUUUGUGGACCUACUUAAGAAGAUGCUGACAGUGGACUCUUGUGAAAGAAUCACACCGAGUGAGAUCCUCCAGCAUCCUUUCAUAACGAUGAGCCACCUUGUUGUCACAUUCGACAACAGCCCACAUGUGAAAUCUUCUGUGGAGCUAAUAAAAAAUUGUGACGUGCUGAGCUCUGAUGACAGUGAGGAGACUACCUCCAUCAGCCCGGCCUUCCAACCCAAUGAGGGUCACGCUGCUGGGCUGAGCAAGGAGGAGCAACUCGGCAAGCAGAGCAUCAGUGAGAACAGUCCAGCAAAGAAAAGGAAAGGGACUGUUCUGAAGAUUUGGAGUCUGGCAACAGGAGCCCUAUUGUCACCAAGAAAAGGAGGAGUCAAUGCCAUGACGCAGCAGACAGAGUUCGGCAAACACGCCCAUUGCUGCGCAAAAGACAGAGGGAUAAAUCAGGUCAACGCUCAACCUCUGAUGGCAACUCCCAGAAAACAAAAAAGAGGCAUAUAAACCUCAAUAAAGAACUGAUGGACAGUGUCACAGAACUUCUAAGCGACACACGGGAGGCCCCGUCCAGCUCAACACAG